UGAUUUCCGGAUACGCAUUCUGGAAAUCCCAUUAAAUCCCAUAAAUGAAAAUCUGGAAUUUGUGAUGCCUUUAUUUAUAUCUUCUUCUUCUUCUCUGCUUUGUGUGUGUGUGUGUGUGUGUGUUGUUCGUGGUGUUUCUGGGGAAAUCUGAGGUGAUCUUGAUUGAAGUGUUGGGGAAGAGUGGGCGUGUUUUGUUUAGGGUUAGUUAAAAGCAGAGGAGGGAGAACCCUGCACUUUACUUGCGGGAGUUGUUUCGAUUCUCUGUUCGCUCGACGGGAACCAGAACGGCUUUGCAUUUUGACGCCAUUGACAGCCAAGACUCUCAAACAGAGAGAGUAGAGAUUCUAACUUUCCCGUGAAAUUUGGUGGUUUCCGUUUCUAAUCUUAGAAAUUCUUUCACACGUUUGUGGGUUUAUCUCCAUUUUGGUUCCUAUUUUCUUCGCAAUCGGAAGAGCCUUUUGAAAGGAAAAAAAAGACUCCGAUUAUUCCUCUUCCUCUUCCUCUUCCCUUUGUCUCUCUACUCUUUCCCGGCGCUCUGUUCUUCGGUUUGCUUUCCGGGAAGCCUCUCUGCUUUGCAGGGUUGGGGGGAAGGCUCUGAAUAUUUCAUCUCUCUCCCUCUCUUCCAAGAUUAUGAUUCUUGACAAAGGGUCAGCACUGCAAUCCAAUUUGGGUUGCUUUCUUCAUUGCACCACGCCCCUUGUCAAUUCCCAAUUCUUGCCCAAGAGUGAGAUUAGGAAUCUGAAUCGUCUGUGGCAUCCAUGGGAGAGAGAGAGGGUUGAAUAUUUCACCCUCGCCGAUCUCUGGAAUUGUUACGACGAAUGGAGCGCCUACGGCGCUGGCGUUCCCAUCGCCGUCAACAACGGCGAGACCCUUGUUCAAUACUACGUUCCUUAUCUCUCUGCAAUCCAAAUCUUCACCAGCAACUCCACCAUCAAUGGUUUCAGAGAUGAGUGUGGUGACAGUGAAACAAGGGAUUCGUUCAGUGAUUCAUGCAGCGAUGAGAGUGAAAGUGAAAAACUAUGGAGAUGGGAUGGAAGCUCAUCGGAAGAGGGAGGUGGAUUAUUAGAACAAGACAGCCCUCUAUCUCUCAGUGACAGAUUGGGAUACCUUUACUUUCAGUAUUUCGAGAGAUCAACUCCAUACGGAAGAGUCCCACUAAUGGAUAAGAUCAAUGAAUUGGCUCGAAGAUACCCUGGCCUGAUGACAUUGAGAAGCGUGGAUCUUUCUCCUGCUAGUUGGAUGGCUGUUGCCUGGUACCCAAUUUACCAUAUUCCAAUGGGGAGAACCAUAAAGGAUUUAUCGACAUGUUUUCUGUCUUACCAUACGCUUUCAUCUUCAUUUCAAGAUAUGGACGUAGAAGAUGAGUUUGAGAGCGGAGAAAGGAAGAGGAAAGAAGGGGAAGAGAUGGCGCUGCGUGCAUUUGGGCUAGCGACAUACAAGAUGCAAGGAAGCGUGUGGAUAUCUGGCAAUUAUGGGCGGGACCAAGAGCGAGUGGUGUCUCUUUUGAGCGUGGCGGAUUCUUGGCUAAAGCAACUCAGGGUCCAGCACCAUGACUUCAACUACUUCACGGGGAUGAUCCGUCGUGGCUAAACCAGAAAGGGGUUUUGAACCAAAAAAAAAAAAAAAGAACAUCCAAAUCCAAAUCCAAAUCCCCCAUGGAUGGAUUUGAUUGAUUGAUUGACCUCCAAAAACAAAAACACAAAACACAAAACACAAAAACAAAAACACAAAACAAAAAAACAAAAACAAAAAAAAUCCUGGUUUUAGUUGGUUUCUCUGCUUUUGUGCAGUUUCCAUGGAGAAAGUUCUGCAUUUUCUUUUACUUCUUCUAACGUGUUCAUCUUGAUUAUCAGGCGCAGGCAUGCCUGAGUUUUUCAUGUUUGUGUAUGACUCUGUAAUUGGCUGUUCUUUUCUUGCUUUUUUUUUGUUUUUUUUGUUUUUUUGUUUGGCUUAGCGAUGGGGUGGUUGUGCAUAGAAAACUACUUACUGACUACUCACCAGGCUUGUUCAAAGGGAGAGGAAAGCGCAGAGAGAGAGCGAGAGAGCGUAGAGAAUGUUAUGAUUCUGUGAACUGUGAUGAUCCAUUUCCCCCAUAAUGAAAUGAUAAACAUUUAGCCCCCUA